AUGAAUAAAACAUCUCAAAUCUGGAAUGCUGUAAGAAACGAUAACACCCCCAAUGAUAAGAAAUUUUUAGGUCUAACUCCCCGUAAAGUGAAAAAUCCUCAAACUCGGGAUCAAUUCAAUCUCUGGAUUGCUGAGAAAAUUGCAAUGUAUAGACAUUACCCUAGUAUGUACAACAUCUUUCGUGGUAGAGAAUAUAAAGAAUAUAAAGAAUAUUAUAUUCCGUAUGAUUGGAUAGGUGAUAAGAAAUACCAAUUACACGAUAGAUUGCAUAAGCAUGUUGUAGAUUUGCUAAGAGAACGAGGUUACAGAAUAGUUAAUUCCAGACCUUGGUAUGAAAUGAUAAAAUGGGCAGAUAAACCAGAUAAAUAUCUUAACAACAAAAAUUUCGUCAGAAUCGAAUAA